CGAGGGAGGAGCGGCGGGAGGAGCCGGGCGAGCGCAGCGCCGGGCGCAGUCUCCUAUGAGCUGCGCGGAGCCGGCUCCCUGACGACCCUAGCCCACUGCCUCCCCUGCCCACGACUCACCUGGUGCCAGGUCUGACCCUGCCCUGUGGACAAUGGCCCUGCCCCCAUGAGCUAGAUUCUGCCCCUCAGCACCUGUCCACCACCAGCCAGCAGGAUGCAGCUGUGGAAGGCAGUGGUGGUGACCCUGGCCUUCAUGAGCUUGGACAUUGGCAUAACCACGGCCAUCUACAUCCUCAGCCACCUGGACCGCAGCCUGCUGGAGGACAUCCGUCAUUUCAACAUCUUUGACUCGGUGCUGGACCUCUGGGCGGCCUGCCUGUACCGCAGCUGUCUGCUGCUGGGAGCCACCAUCGGCGUGGCCAAGAACAGUGCCCUGGGGCCCCAGCGGCUGCGGGCCUCAUGGACAGUCAUCGCUCUCGUGUGCCUCUUCGUGGGCAUCUACACCAUGGUGAAGCUGCUGCUUUUCUCAGAGGUCCGCAAGCCAGUCCGGGAUCCGUGCUUCUGGGCCCUCUUUGUGUGGACUUACGUCUCGCUCACUGCUUCCUUCCUGCUCUGGUGGCUGCUGUCCACAGUGCGUCCAGACACCAAAGCCCUUGAGCCGGGGGCUGAGGCCCAGGCUGAGGCUGAGGGCUUCCCUGGGGAGAACCAGCCCCGGCUUGAGCAGGCAUCUGGGGCCACGCUGCAGAAGCUCCUGUCCUACACCAAGCCCGACGUGGCCUUCCUUGUGGCAGCAUCCUUCUUCCUCAUUGUGGCAGCUCUGGGAGAGACCUUUCUCCCCUAUUACACUGGCCGGGCCAUCGAUGGCAUCGUCAUCCAGAAGAGCAUGGAGCAGUUCAGCACAGCCGUCGUCGUCAUGUGUCUGCUGGCUGUGGGCAGCUCAUUUGCCGCAGGUAUUCGGGGCGGCAUUUUUACCCUCGUAUUUGCCAGACUGAACAUUCGCCUUCGAAACCGUCUCUUCCGCUCACUGGUGUCUCAGGAGAUAAGCUUCUUCGAUGAGAAUCGCACAGGGGACCUUAUCUCCCGCCUCACCUCGGACACCACCAUGGUCAGCGACCUGGUCUCCCAGAACAUCAACAUCUUCCUGCGGAACACGGUCAAGGUCACGGGCGUGGUGGUCUUCAUGUUCAGCCUCUCGUGGCAGCUCUCCCUUGUCACCUUCAUGGGCUUCCCCAUCAUCAUGAUGGUGUCCGACAUCUACGGCAGGUACUACAAGAGGCUCUCCAAAGAGGUUCAGAACGCCCUGGCCAGAGCCAGCAGCACCGCCGAGGAGACGAUCAGCGCCAUGAAAACUGUGCGGAGCUUUGCCAAUGAGGAGGAGGAGGCAGAGGUGUACUCGCGCAAGCUGCAGCAGGUGUACAAGCUGAACAGGAAGGAGGCGGCAGCCUACACGUACUACGUCUGGGGCAGUGGGCUCACGUUGCUGGUGGUCCAGGUCAGUAUCCUCUACUAUGGGGGCCACCUCGUCAUCUCCGGGCAGAUGACCAGUGGCAACCUCAUCUCCUUCAUUAUCUACGAGUUUGUCCUGGGAGAUUGUAUGGAGUCUGUGGGCUCUGUCUAUAGUGGCCUCAUGCAAGGUGUAGGGGCCGCUGAGAAGGUGUUCGAGUUCAUUGACCGCCAGCCGACCAUGGUACAUGAUGGGAACUUGGCUCCUGACCACCUGGAGGGCCAGGUAGACUUUGAGAACGUGACCUUCACCUACCGCACUCGACCCAACACCCAAGUCCUGCAGAAUGUCUCCUUCAGCCUGUCACCAGGAAAGGUGACUGCACUCGUGGGGCCCUCGGGCAGUGGAAAGAGUUCCUGCGUCAACAUCCUGGAGAACUUUUACCCCCUGGAGGGGGGCCGCGUGCUCCUGGACGGGAGGCCCAUCGGCGCCUAUGACCACAAGUAUCUGCAUCGCGUGAUCUCCUUGGUGAGCCAGGAGCCAGUGCUGUUUGCCCGUUCCAUCACAGACAACAUUUCCUAUGGCCUGUCCACUGUGCCCUUCGAGAUGGUGGUGGAGGCUGCACAGAAGGCAAAUGCCCACGGCUUCAUCAUGGAGCUCCAGGAUGGCUACAAUACAGAGACGGGGGAGAAGGGCGCCCAGCUGUCAGGUGGCCAGAAGCAGCGGGUGGCCAUGGCCCGGGCUCUUGUGCGGAGCCCACCCGUCCUCAUCCUGGACGAAGCCACGAGUGCCCUGGAUGCAGAGAGCGAGUACCUGGUCCAGCAGGCCGUCCAUGGCCACCUGCCGAAGCACACAGUGCUCAUCAUUGCACACCGGCUGAGCACAGUGGAGCGGGCGCACUGCAUCGUGGUGCUGGACAAGGGCCGUGUGGUGCAGCAGGGCACACACCAGCAGCUGCUGGCCCAGGGCGGCCUCUACGCCACGCUGGUGCAGCGACAGAUGCUAGGGCUUGAGCCUGCCUCGGACUGCCACAAGGAGCCACCGGGCAGCGACAGUCGCAAGUCCUGACCACUGCCCCUGCCUCUCCCUGUGGGGCAGAGGCCCCGGUGCCCGCCUGGCAGAUGUACCGGUGGGACCCUCAACUGCGCUCUGAGCCCAAGCCCACGGCACUGGAGAGCAACCUGCCCGGUCCCACGUGUUCCCGCUUCCUGCAUCUGGCCCCUGGCUCCCACCCUGCCCCUGGGCCACCGCCAGCCCCUGCUGCCAUGAGCCAGCUCCUCCAGUCUCAGCAGCGGAGACCCCGCUGGUCUUGCUUUCCGGUCUCCCCAGGCUUCCCAGCAAAGGUGGAACUGCCUUUUUAAACCGGAGUCUUACCAGGUUUUUUACUGCUUGGUUCAUUGGACCCCAGUCAAUGCCUAGAUUUCAAAAACAUUUUUCUAAAUUGGGAGUCAUGAUGGACAAAUUCACUGAGAUGUUCUAGAAACUUCUGGCCAUGGGGUGAAUAACCCUACCUAUUAGCCUGUGGAUGUCAGGGGAAAACCAUUUUCUCUACCCUUUACCUCUUGAGAGAAGGGGCUUCCCUGUCCUGGGGGAGGCUUGCCCUAAGGGAGGGGACUUCCUGUCUUUCCCAGAUCCGUGAGUCUGGCCAAGGGUGGGUUGGGAGAGUGGAAGGCACCAGUCUGCCCGGUGCCCCUGCUGCCCUGCCAAAUCUAAGCCAGUCUCACUGUGAACCACUGCGAACCUUAACUGGGGGAGUGAGGGGCUGGCCAGGCCUGGCAGAGCCCCAGGGUGUCCCCAGCCCCGUACCCCGCUUUGGCUCCUCAGCCCUGUCUCACCCCUGUCCCACACCCACCCCUGCCACUCUGCUGUUUGGAGGCCCUUUGGAUGUGUGGGGGAUGUCUCUUCCCUGCUUGGUAGGAUGGGGCUUGAAGCCCAGACUCUGACUUUGUGGGGGGGCAGCUGCAAUUUGUCGGGAGAACCCGGUCAAUAAAGUGUACUACCUCUGA